CCUUCUCAGAGGAAACAAUAUCUACUGGAGAGAGGGUGAUGUUAGGUAUCUCUCGAGCGUCAGAACACCUGGGACACCUUGAUAGAGACAACAGAUCUUACAAAAAACAGCAAGAAGGCAUGGUCUCUCAUAUGCAAACUUGGGGGUGAUCCCAAGAAAGCUGCCCAACAUCCAAAUGUGUCUGCUAACCAAGUUGCACACCUGUUGCUCCUAAAUGGAAAAAUCAACAAGAAACAACCAAGAGCACAACUAGAUAGGAAGAAGUACAGUGAUGACCCUGGCUUCACUGGACCACACACCAUGGAAGAGCUGGAAACUGGUAUAUCUAGUCUAAAACACGGGAAAGCAAUUGGUCUUGACAACAUAGCAACGGAGCAGAUAAAGCAUUUUGGACAGCAAGGGAGGAGAUAGCAGGGGCACUGGCAAUAAUUUUCAAUACCUCUCUGGCCUUAGGAGAGGUGCCAGAGGACUGGAGGACAGCCAAUGUGGUACCGUUAUUCAAGAAGUGAGGAAGUGAUAAACCAGGGGAUUACAGGCCAGUCAGUCUAACCUCAGUGGUGGAGAAACUAUUGGAAGCAAUUCUGAAGGUCAGAAUUAAAUCCACACUUGGAGAGAUUAAGAAAGGCCGCAGGACACCAGAAAUGAAUGUACCUAAAGAUGGCUCUCCUGUCCCCAUUGGAGCCCGAAGCCAUAAGGAUCACUGGCUGACUAAACGCACAACGUUAACAGCUCCCACAGCAAUGCCAGUAAUGAUGGAGAAGUCGGGUUCAACGGGAAUUCUGUCCCGUGGAACCAGAAUGAAGAGCAUUAACAAUGGAAGCAACAACGGGAGUCAACACCCACGUCACUCGGAGGAGGAAAGCAGUGAUGAGGAACGCUCGCACGGAACCAUGUCUGUUGUUUCCAUUGAGUGGAAAAAACGGGACCAGCAUGGCUUGCAUGACAGUAUGAUCCGGGUCGGAUCCGAUUACCAAGCUGUUGUUCCAGAGUGUCACCCAGACAGUUCUGCCCGUUUCAGUGAGAAGGAUACAAAGGGCAUGUUGGUAUGGUCUCCCAAUCACAACAUUUCAGAUGCAAAACUCGAUGAAUAUAUCGCCAUGGCCAAGGAGAAGCAUGGGUACAACAUAGAACAGGCAUUGGGAAUGCUUCUGUGGCACAAACACGACGUUGAUAAAUCACUCGCUGACCUGGCCAACUUCACACCUUUCCCGGAUGAAUGGACUGUAGAAGACAAAGUACUGUUUGAGCAGGCUUUCAGCUUCCAUGGGAAGAGCUUCCAGCGCAUCCAGCAGAUGUUACCAGACAAGCUCAUCUCCAGCCUGGUGAAAUAUUAUUACUCCUGGAAGAAGACUCGGACUCGAACGAGCGUGAUGGAUCGGCAGGCUCGCAAGCUGGUGCACAAGAAAGAGCGGGAGGACAGUAACGAUGAGGCAGAGGAAGUAACAGUGCAGAUCGCUGACGACAGUGAUUAUGAACCUGAUGUCAAGAGGGAGCGUUCCGGCGAGCAGAAACCCACAAAUGGCAAAUCGGUGUCAGUGAAGAGAGAGUCGCAGAGCAUCCAGUAUCGUCACCACCCGCCGCGCUCAAAGAGACGGCCGCCCAAGGACAUGUACCUGAGCCAGGAUGAGGUAGCUGGAGUUUCUGCUAACCCCAAUGCUGCCACCAUCUCCCUCCGACAGCUGGACUCACAGCUCAUCUCCAUCAAACGCCAGGUGCAGACGAUAAAACAGAUAAACAGCUCUUUAAAACAGACACUGGAUGGGGGGAUUGACAAACUGCGACCACCAGAGUCCAAUCUGAAGCUCAACUCUCGCUGGACGACCGAGGAGCAGCUCCUCGCUGUUCAAGGAAUCCGUAAAUAUGGGCGGAAUUUCCAGGCCAUCGCGGAAGUGAUCGGGAACAAGACGCUGGCCCAGGUGAAGACUUUUUUCAUCAGUUACCGUCGCCGUUUCAACCUGGAGGAGAUCCUGCAGGAGUGGGAGGCAGAGCAGGAAGUGCAGGGGAAUGCUGGGACUCUGUCGGGACUGGACGAUGGCAGUGGCUCCAACCAAUCGCUAGCCAGCAGCGAGGAGGAAGUAGAGGAGGAGGCUGAGGUCCAAGUGACGCCUGUAUCUGCUGCCCCAGCUCCAGCCACUCCGACUCCAGCUGCCACCCCAGUGACCCCAGCAACCCUCUCCCAGCCUCCUCCACUGCUCAGGCCAACCCUGCCAGCAGCCCCCGCCCUCCACCGCCAGCCCCCUCCCCUACAACAGGGCCGCUUCCUCCAAUCCCGGCCUCCACUCAACCAACCGCCUCCCCCCCUCAUCCGGCCUGCAGUGGCGCUGCCCCCGGGAGCUCGGCAGAACCCGCGGCCCAUCCUGCCAACCGUCGGCUCACAACACCUCCCCACACUUAUUGGGAUUCAGCUUGAAUCACCGUCGUCCUCUGCACACUGAACUCCGCCUAAGACCAGAACCACCAACGUCGUAGCUAUGACCAGCCAAGACCCCGAGCAUCACAGCUACGAUCAACAAAGGCUGCAAGCAUCAUAUCUACUAGCAGUGAAGUCACAAACUUCGUAGCUGGGAUCGACCAGGACAGUGAACAUUGUAACGAUGGUGAAGACUAGGGCUGCAGCAUCGUAGCUAUGAUUGGCAAUGACAAGAACUGAGUUUUAACGCUACUUCUUUUUUCUUCACUAAUUUUAAAGCUUUAGUUUUUAAAGACAAAAAUAGGGUUUUAACUUUUUGGUGCUUUGUUAACGUGGGAGAUCCACUCCCUGAUCUGUAACACUACAAAACAGCAAUCAGCCUAUCUAAACUCAUCCUGAGGGGGCUACUAAAG